GCAUAUAGGUGUAUGUCCAUAAACAAGGUAAAGAUCUCUUCUUGGCUUGUUUAAGAAAAUUAUAAAAAUGGUAUCCUGUCGUCCGGAUAGGAUUUUACGUUGUCGUUGUAAACCACACACAGGUGAACUCCUGGGCUUGUCUCCUUCUCCAGGCUUGGGAGAGUUUUUCCAGAGCGUAGCUCCGGAUUGUGCACACGGGGCAUAGGCUUCCUUUUGGUUUCCUUACUUGCUGACAGAUUGCUUUCUCACAGGGGGCAUUCUCCUCCACUCUGGGCAUUUAUCAGACUUUUAAACGUUGGCCUGCCUCCUGAGGAAGAAACAGUGCAUCGCGUUGCCAGUGAUGAGAUGUUCUUUGGAGAAUCGGAUGGAUGUGCCGACCGUUGGGAGGUCAGAGGUGCAGGAGGCAGAGAGGACUUGCAGAUUCUGGCCUGUGUGACAAGGUGGUGCUGCUGCCACCGGAGAAGGGGAGGUCCGGGGAGGCGGGGCUAGGAGAAAGCCAUUUGGAGGGUUUUUGUGGGUUUUUUUUUGCUUUUUUUGUCAAAAAUGACAUUACUUUGUCCUGGCUUCGGGAGGCUAUUUUCACCGGGUGUACAGUUGUAGUUUAUCAAGUUAAUUUCUUGCAGUGUUUCGACGUGCCACUUCAUUGCCUCUGGCUUCCAUGGAUUCUGCUGAGAAAUCAGCUGUAUCUGUCUUGUUCUUUUGAAGUGCCUGAAGACCUCUCACUGGAAGAGAGAGAAGAACUUUUAGACAUUCGUCGAAGAAAAAAGGAACUUAUUGAUGACAUUGAGAGGCUGAAAUACGAAAUUGCUGAAGUUAUGACGGAGAUUGACAAUCUAACUUCAGUGGAAGAGAGCAAAACUACCCAGAGGAACAAGCAGAUAGCUAUGGGGAGGAAGAAAUUCAACAUGGAUCCCAAAAAGGGAAUUCAGUUUCUAAUAGAGAAUGACCUGCUGCAGAGCUCCCCAGAGGACGUGGCCCAGUUCCUGUAUAAAGGAGAAGGCCUAAAUAAGACCGUGAUCGGGGACUAUCUGGGUGAGAGGGACGAUUUCAACAUUAAAGUUCUUCAAGCGUUUGUCGAGCUCCAUGAGUUUGCUGAUCUGAACCUCGUCCAAGCCUUAAGGCAGUUCCUGUGGAGCUUCCGACUUCCGGGUGAGGCUCAGAAAAUCGACCGCAUGAUGGAGGCGUUCGCGUCCCGCUACUGCCUGUGCAACCCGGGCGUCUUCCAGUCCACAGACACCUGCUACGUGCUGUCCUUCGCCAUCAUCAUGCUCAACACCAGCCUCCACAACCACAACGUGCGGGACAAGCCCACAGCCGAGCGCUUCGUCACCAUGAACCGCGGCAUCAACGAGGGAGGAGACCUCCCAGAGGAGCUGCUGCGGAACCUGUACGAGAGCAUCAAGAACGAGCCGUUUAAGAUCCCGGAGGACGACGGCAACGACCUGACGCACACGUUCUUCAACCCCGACCGCGAGGGCUGGCUCCUGAAGCUGGGAGGGCGGGUGAAGACCUGGAAGCGGCGCUGGUUCAUCCUGACCGACAACUGCCUCUACUACUUCGAGUACACGACGGACAAGGAGCCCAGGGGAAUCAUCCCCCUGGAAAACCUCAGCAUCAGGGAGGUGGAAGACCCGCGCAAACCGAACUGUUUCGAGCUUUACAACCCGAGCCACAAAGGCCAGGUCAUCAAGGCCUGCAAAACGGAGGCGGACGGCCGAGUGGUGGAGGGCAACCACGUGGUGUACCGGAUCUCCGCCCCGAGCCCCGAGGAGAAGGAGGAGUGGAUGAAGUCCAUCAGAGCGAGCAUCAGCAGGGAUCCUUUCUAUGACAUGUUGGCCACGAGGAAGAGGAGGAUUGCCAAUAAGAAAUAGAUCUUUCCUGGCCCGAACCGGUGAAAACAGAAGCCAAGACUCCACGACGGAAAGUGACUGGGAGCCUCCCCCGACCCCACCCCCCCCCCCCCCCCAGCGCCGCCGGCCCCGCCUUGGUCUCCCGCCUCCUCUCUGGAGACGGCGCGUGCGCAGUGGGAGCGCCACCCCGAGCCCCCGAGGAGCAUUCUGUGCGUGGCGGCCGAUGUCCAGAUGCCCUCCUCCCGGUCCCAGCCCGUGGUGGCACCUGCCGGCUCCUUCGAGGGAACCUCGUGCCAGUCGUGCCGCCCUUGGCUCACCCGUGGAAGCAUUCGCCGUUCCAGAAGCCGCUGUUUUAUAUCUGAACAAGAAAGGAAACGCUACCACUUUUUUAUUCAGAGUUUUUUCUCAGAUAUAUAGGAUUAUAGCUUUUAUAUGCCUUUUUAUACUCUGAAAUUAUAACGAAGGAUACUUACUAACACUAGUAUUUUUAGAAUGGCAGCUAUAAAUGUAACUCGUGGACGCAAGUAUAUACUGUGCACUGAAGAAGUCGUCUAUACAUGCACCUGCCGCCCUGCGUGGGGGGCCGUGGGCGGCUAUGUGGGGUGCUUUGGUGGUGGUCCUCGGGGUGGAGGGACGUUUCUGGGCAGGGGCCGGGCUCCAGGGGGCCAGAUCCCGGGGGACUCGUCAUCAGCUCAGACUCUGUGGCCCCACAGAUACUUUCUAAAAAGGCCAAUUGUUACAAUGUAAGUGCUGGUUCUGGGUGUGAAUCCUGUGGCUGCGGUCACACACACGGGGUGUGUUGAGCCCCGUGGGACCGCCGCUGUGGGACUUUGGCCCCCCAACCAGCAGUUGCGUGUGGUUCAGUGGAACCGUGCGUGGUUCAGACUGACGGACCGGUCUUCGCUAUUUAAAACCUUUCGGCAAAACAGAUACUUCUUUUACUGACCUACUAGUUUGACCAGAUCUCUUAGCAUAAUGAAUAGACGAGUAACCAGAGCAGAUCUUACUCCUCGUUUUUAGAGACUUUAAUCUCUUGCCAUGAGGACGGAAGGGGCGCGCUGUGGGAUGAAGGUGCGUGGCACUUAGGGUCUCCUGUAAAUAGCGUGAAAGCCCAGAUGCACGCUGGUGGUGGAACUUAAGAAGAUCCACCAUCAGACGGUUGUCAGGCUGCCGAUGAUCUAACAGGUGCUCAGGACGUCUGCCCGAGGGAGGACGGGGCUCAGAGCCGGCCGGGGGCGCCGCUGGGCGAGGCUGGGGUGCUGGGCGCUGGGGCGGUGCCUCUGCCUCUUCCGGACGGGGCCGGUGACGGAUGCUGCCGGGACCCUCUUGGCCACAUUCCGGCGGUGGGUCCCCGUGUCUGUGCCCUUUAGAGGUCACGAGCUGUCAUGUGCAAAAUGAAAGUCCCAGAAAGCAGACCUCGUACCGGACCGUCGGCACCUAUGUGAAGAUUUUAAGUAGAAGUAACUGCUCUGCGAGUUGCCUUGGUGCUGACACUGACUGGCCGUGGGCCCCUGGCCUCGGCACCACUGACCUUGACGUAGCUUUAAGUCACGCUGGAUGCAAAGGGGUCUGGGUCUGGGCCCGGGCCUCUCUGACAUGCCUCAAACUGAUUUUUUGUUUCCUUCCCAAGCUUUUAGGCUUUGUUACCGUCCUGAUACCUCAAAUUCGAAACUUUACUUUUGGAGAAAGGCGAGUCCGCAUUCUUGAAAUGCCUGGCUGGUAUAUAUGCAACUCUGGCCUCCAGUCUUCCACGAAAGCCGAUGGCGCCCGGAGCACGCGCCCGCCGCCCCCACCGUCGCCGACCAGUGGGGCCGCCCGCCCCUCUCCCGGGCUGCCCAGGGCGCCGAGGGAUCAGUGGUUGGCGCGGGGGCGCGCUCCCUCUCUCGGCCCCGGGUAGGCCCCUGGGGAUACAGGCUUUCUGUCUUCGGGGUUUGGCCUCUGUAGGGUUGGGAGAAGCGAGCUUUGGGAAACCCCUGUAGGAAUUCUCUGGUCGCCGGUGAAGGAGCCUCGCGUGAUGGCUCUUUUCCCGGGAACCGUGCAGAGGCCGUGGUGCUUAGAAUCUGUCACUUGCGGUCAGUGUUCCGUGAGAUCUCUAACUCCGGGUUUUGCGUGGCAGUAUUAACGCGGGGCAAGCCGGCGGUCACCCCGCUACGCCGUCAGGCGGGCCGGUGGCCGCGUCUCUCCUCCCUGCCCCCACGUCCUCCCAGUGUUAGCAUUUUAGUCCCAACUCUGGCCAAAGACAAACUUCCCUCCGGAGACCAGGGGCAGGAGGCGGAGAAGGGGGUGCUCUGGGCCGAAGACCGCGGCUGCCACGGCCCCGUCGGCCUCCGUUUACCCUCACCCAGGCGAGCGUCAGUGUCUUCGGGAUCGCGGCACAUCCUGGAACAGCCUAACGUGGUACCAAACGGAGUCAAAAUAGGAGCUAUUUAUAGAUGAAGCAGCAUUCAAUGCUUCAUAUAAAGCAAUGCAUAUUUUUAAAAGUUAAAAUGCAUAGAUCUAUAGAGAUGUGCUUUGCUGAGAAGUUAGGUCUGUUGUAGACCGGAAACCACAUGUUGUGAUUUCGCAUUAUUUUUUCUUAGGCAUUUCUAUUUACGGUAAAUAUAGUUAAUAUGUAAAUAAUGUACAUAGAGAUUUCCGGAGUGUUUGUUAUUCAGUGUAUAUACCCCCACAACCUGCAUGAAGAAAUACCCCGUCAUCGAUAUUUUGUUGUAUCAUCAUUGGAGGGUGUAUGGCCGUCAAAUUGCAAAUACCGUGUUCACAAAAUAAAAAAAGGCAUUCAGACAAGACCGUCUGGGACUUGGUUCUUGAAAAUAGAUUGUGGGGUCCCGCGGCCUGCUCCCUGCCCCUCGCCCCUCCUCCAGGCCCAGGAAGGCGGGGAGGGGAGGGGGCAGCUUGGGCUCCAGACAGUUCUGGAACAGGUGAGAAGGGUCUGCUGAGCAAACGGGGAAAACAGCGGUAAAGAAGAAGACACAAGACGUUGAAUUUGCUGCCAUUUAUAUACUAUAUAAACUUUACAUGCUGUGUAUUUACAGUGGGGCGAGUGCUUUUUUUAAUCUUUAAAAAAACAAAGAUCAAACUUUAGACAUCUCUGAACAACACAAACUGUAUAAACCAUACAGAUUAUUCAGAUACAAACUGUAUUAAAUACAGUUUUCCCCACUCCGUCUCCUGAUGCAGGACCAGUGAAUUAUAAGUGUAUCACAGUUUGAUAGCAUAUCCAUAUUAAAAAUAAAAUCACAGUAUGAUUUUGUCUGUAACUAGAAACUUUAAGGGACCAAGCUGACAACUCAGACUCCAAUAUCAUAGUCAAGACAAGAGACACUGUAUAAAAAAGUGUUAAGUAAUAAAAACAUACUGUAGGCUUUACAAAUAAUGUUUGGAUUAUACAUUCAUAAUGUAAAUACUCAUCAUAACUGGUAAAUCGAUUGGAAUAGUUCCACAAAGUUCAAAAACAGAACUUGUCUAUAAAAUACAUCUUCAAAUCUUGAAUACAACUAAAAUAUGAAGCGAAUUAGUUUCUAGUAUCAGACAUUACAGAAAACAGACUGCUCCCAAGUCUAGUCGAGAGCUCGUGAAUCUUUAAAUAAGUCUUUAAAUUAAAUAUACACACUGUCAGUUUGUUUGUACUUUUACUAAUUCCAUGGUUUCCCGGCUGCUCUCGCACCGGAGGUCUGGCUUGAAGGAGCUUUUCCAUGGAAUGCGAGCAGUCCACCUGAGUCUGAUUAAGCAGCAUUGAGAUGUUCCAGUCCAGGGCGUCACUGUCCGUGGGAUUUAUGUACACGCUGUUUACAACGGUCAGCAGUUGUAGAAAGGGUUCGUCCGUUUGGAAUAAGGGGAAUUAAGAAAAGGUAAAAACUAAAAAAAAGU